GGAUUUUAUUGAUUUGGGAGCCUGCAGGGGUCAAAGGUCAAGGCCUCCAGCUCGAGGCCUCUGCUGUCCAAUCAGAGGCCAACGGGCUGCCAGGGCCUCGCCUGGGGAUGUGAUGGCCGUGGCGUGGGUGAGCCAGCGGUACCGGGACGUCAGCCCGGUGAGCCUGCAGGUGGCGGGCGGGGCGGCGAGCUCCAGCCUGUACUGCGGGGAGGUGGAGGGGCUGCCGGCCGGGCUGGUCGAGUCCUUCCUGGUGGAGCUGUACCGCUGCAAACUCUGCCAGUUCACCUGCGGCCUGAAGACGUCCAUCAGCAGCCACCUGCUGCACAGGCACCGGCCCUCCGACCUCGCCUACCUGACGGACGGCGAGGAGAGAGGAGGGGAGGAGGACGGAGAGGGGGCGGGGUCACCCUAUCGGCUCGAUCUGACCGGAGAGUCCAAGCAGAGUGAUGAGGACGAGGACUUCCUGCUGUACAACAUGCUGGACAGCAUGAGCCCCCCGACCUGCGACAUCGGCAGUGAAGGAGGGCUGCAGGUCGCACACACCUGUGAGGUCAGCACUCUGUUCGAGGAGGAAGAGGAGGAGGAAGAGCAGGACUCCUCUAUCUUCCCCCUGCAGCAGAGCGCAGUGGAUUUGUCCUGUCACGUCGACCCCCCCGCCACCCAGGAGGAGAUGGCGCAGUCCGCCCACCUCAUGACUUUGGGUCUGUGUCGAAUCUCCACUGUUAAACCCGCUCCUGCAUCUCAGCCUCCAGCUCCGCUCAGCGCUGACGGGCCUCGGCGAGACGGCAGCCGAGCCGGGAGCCCCCCCUCCGGCCGGCGGAGGCUGCCGUGUCUCCUCUGUCCCCUGACGCUCUCCUCCCAGCGACUGCUGGACGUCCACGUCAGGUCUCACCGGAGCGCCGGCGGGUUCGGCUGCGUGCGGUGCGGCUGGACGGCCGACAGCUGGGAGGAGCUGGAGCCUCACUGGAGGAGCCACUGCCGGAGGAGGGGCAAGAAGAAGAAGAGAAGGAAGAGGCAGGGCCAGGAGCAGCAGCAGCAGCAGCAGCAGCAGCAGGAGGAGAAGAAGAAGAAGAGGAGGAGGAAGACGGCACCGGCCAGCCGGAGCACUCUUGGAAAUGUCACGUCACAAAACACUCAUCAGCAAACAGACAGAUGGAGGGAGCAGCUGAUUGGACAAGCAGAUCCAAAGAAGACAAGCAGACGCGACAGUCCAGACUCCAGAUCUCAGACUGUGACGCCGGAGGACGUCUCAGAAACGAGGACGAAAAUCAAAUGUGAAGAAGUUGAAGAUGAAGAGGAUGAAAGGACGUCUGCUGAGACCAGAGACCAGGCCGGCUUCUCCUGCUCGCUGUGUCACAGGACGUUUUCCUCCAAACUGACUCUGAAGCGUCACCGAGGAGUUCAUGGAGGAGAGAAGCCUCACCGCUGCCCCCACUGCUCGUACAGCAGCAGGCUGAAGGCCUCGCUGCUGCAGCAUCUCAGGACACACACAGGUGAGAAGCCGUACAGGUGUGCUCAGUGUCCGUAUGCCUCUAUAGAUCGCAGCUCACUGCUGCGACACAGUCGAACUCACAGCCAGGAGAAACCGUACAGGUGUCAGCACUGUGACUACAGCAGCAUCCAGAAGAAGAGUCUGGACCUCCACGCCCGUCGGCACCACACCGGCGAGGCGUUUCCAUGCCAACGGUGCGAGUACUCCAGCCCCGACCGGCAGCUGCUGCUGAGGCAUAUCCGCAGACACCACAAGCAGGCGGCGCUCUGACUGGACGCUGCGCUCACAUCGGCUUCAGGCGUCACAUGUUUACAACUGAAUCUAUACUAAAUCUAUUUUUAUAUGCUUGUUGGAUUUUUAUAUUAAAAAUAUUUUUAUAUUGAAAACAUGUUUGAUUGUUUUAAUGAGAAAGGAAUUGAAGCUGCUGAAUAUAAAUCAUGGAAAAUCUUGAAACUUGAAAUUAAAUCAUGAAACGGACAUCAUGACAGAUUACUGACUAUUGGAAGAGAGGAAAACCGAUUCAGAAGUACAAGAACAGUCAAAAUAUUACUGCAUGUAAUGCAGAAAAGUGGCAUUACAUGAAUUUUACAGACUGUACCUUUAAACUUCAGACAAACAGAUUUUUACAUAGUACAGUCAAAAUAAAGGGGGGACAAUGUGUUUAAUGCAAAAGAAAGCAGGUUGCAAUGGCGUGCAAAACAUUUGAACCAAAUAUAGAAAUCAUUGAACUGCACCUCAUUGAUCCUGAAGGGAAAACUGAAGGCUUUCGGCCAUGGCUUCAAUUUGGAUCAAUGAUCUGGAACCAAAAGGACCCGAAAAUAAAGCGGCUGAAAAGAAGAGAAAAAAUUAGAAGACAAACUUCAAGCUGAUUUUUGAAGGUGGGCCUUGAAUACGUCUCAGUAUGAGCGAAGAGCAGAGUCAAGCUAUUGAAACAGUGCUCAAACAAUAAAGAGCGUUUACAUGUUUAAUGUGAUUGAACGUUCUGAUCAGAUUCUCCUGAGUUUGAUCUUUAGUGAUCAGAUAAAGUUAAUGGAUGAAUCCUUUUCGAGACACGCUGCUGCAGCGCUCAUGCCGUUAAACUGGUUCAGUGGUGUAGCAGGAAAUAGAUUCCCCCUCCUCCCCUCAAGCUGAUUAACCUCAUUACGCUGAGCUGAGGGGAAGGGGUCUCGGGGGGCGUGGUGGUGGGCUUCCAGAGGUCAACCAGUCAGCAGGUCAGAUCAAUUCAGAGCUUCUACAAGUGAUUGUCUUUAAAUCCAGUAUAAUUUUAUUGACGUGAUUUAUUUUUAAUGUUUUUCCCCUCGAUCUGACUGUGUCCAUUUGAAAAUGAGUGGAGUUAAAUACCCUGGGUCUUCAGGGUGGAGGUCAGCUGUAUUAGUGUUUUGAGCUUCAGAAAUAAUCCUGCAGCUCUGAAGGUGGUUAUUGAUGAGAAGCAGACAGCUGAUGUGAUCCCCUCCUCUCUGGGUGGCGGCUAACGUUCAAAGCUGCUUUAACUUUUCAGCCCUGACUCUGAAACUGAGGCAGAGCCGCUCAGACGCCGCUCCUCUUCCUCCACUCUGCUUCUCCCGCUCUUCUUCCUCUCCUCUGCUUCCAUCUUCCUCUGCUCCCGCCUCCCGAGCGGUGGAGGAUGUCGGACGGCGUGAUGUGCGUGGUGGAGGUGGGGGCAGAGCUCGGGGCGGGGGGGCAGAUGCAGGUCAGGGUGGAGCUGUCGGACGGCAACAUGCUGCAGCUCAUCCGGGGCGACGGGGACCUGGCCCGGAUGAUGAAGAGGCUGGUGGACGGUUUCCCUGACGACCGAGAGACGCUGUCCUGCAGUCUGCUCCCAG